CUCGGGCUGGCGGCUUCCCCGGCUGUCCGGUGGUGGGAGGUCAGGGUUCUGCGGUGCCCUUUGUCGACCCCGCCGUGCGAGGCAGGGAAGGUCAGGAUUGCGAAGAGCCAAGUUCGAGCUCCGAUAACUCUCCGAGCCCAAAGAGGGUGGGGCGGGGAGGCGUGACUGCCCGUGAUGAUGGUGAGGGGAGAGAGGGAGUGCUGCACCUCUGGGGAAAACAAGUCAGCUCUGUCGUGGAGCUAGUGCACGCGUUCAGAGGGCCUUUUGCAACUAUUCUGCUUCCAACCCGCCUGGAUUCCAGCCGGUCCGACCUAUCGGACUGCUACAGCCCUAGACACUUUUUGCCCCAAGCUGUGCAAGUGUCUCUUCCCUGGGCUUGCCUCGCCUAUUCUCAGUGCUGCGGACCUAAUGAAUUAAGGUCCGUCCUCUGCUGAGAAGCCCAGACAGCAUCUGGGCGUGUUUGAGAUCCCACUUCCUUCGCACGGAGUCGCGUUCCCCGCCGCUCCGCCCCAAAGCCGCCUGGGUUCCAGUUAGCCUUGCCGAAGAAUUGCUCUGCCUGGCGUGUACUUCCUCUCAAAUGUUAAUCUAUGAAGCCUCACCCUCAAACCCUGAGACAUUUAUUACAACAUCAUUUCUCAUGGAACAAGAAGGAACAUGGACUUUCAUGGUGCAAGCCUUCCUGAUGUUUCCCGGGUUUCAAUGGCCCAGGCAGAUAAAGGAAACUCAGCAAGGUCAGAAGAAAGAAGAACAGAUCUGUCCUUAAGUGGGAAAAAUAACCGUGUCCCAAGUAUACAGAAGGGGAACAAAUGAAGUAUUUCUGGUAGGCUCCAUGCCUCUCAACCCCGAGAUGAAGACCUGAGCUGAGAUCAAGAUUCUUAACCAACUGAGCCACCCAGAUGCUCCUAAAAUAAGAAUCAAGGAGUAAAAAGGAGAGGAAGCUCAGGAGAGAGGAACUCCUUGUACCGAACAUACUCCUUGUAGCUGAACAACACAUUUUGUCUGGAAGGAAGACCUGAGAAAUGCUUCUCCAUGGCUACCAUAGUUCUUCCGAUGACAUGUCUCCUAGGAGAACACCGUGGACUGGAGAUGGAAGAAGAGAAACAGAUUAGGAGCUUGAAGUUGAAGACACCAAGUCCUUUAAUUUGCCUACGUCAUUUGUCAGGGCAGUAGGUGAAGAAGGCCAGAUGGAAGCCCCAAAGCCAUAGAGAGCAUUAUGAAGGUAUAGUGCUAACAAGUAAUGAACACUACCAGGCUCGUGGUUAUUGACUCGUUACCGGUGAUACUGAGCAGCUCUUCCCACUCCAGGCAUGCGCAGUCAGACUCUCUACGGCCGGCUGAGGGGAGCACAAGCCCUUCGGAUUUGUGGAAGAGCGUGGCGGGCAUCUCAGUGUUGUCACAGGCCGUUGGAAAUUACCAUGACAACAAGCUUGGAGGCUUUUUGGGUGGCCUCUGGCCUGGUGCUAAGUGCGUGCAAGCUUCUCGACUCCUUAUGGAUCCCAAAAAGCCAAACCUUCAAUGGCAGGACCCGUCAGUAACUGGCUUCCUGUGAUAUUCCCGGGAGAGAAGCCUCCUCCGAAGUCUUGAAGAUAAACCCUCAUCACGUCUGUGUGAGUUGUUGGCUAAAGGUCCAAACUCAAAACUCGUUACCUCCUCGGCAGAGCCUUUUCUGGCCCCCAGGCCACUCUGAGUUCUGUCUUCGCAUUCCCCCAUUCCUUGGUAUUCUCUCCGUAAGCCCUUUUCAGUUCAUUUCCCACUCAGGGCUUAAGAGGACAGUCGCUACAAGACAUGGCAGGCGGUCGAUAAAAAAUUGCGAGGAACUGCAUCACAAUGCCAGUUGAUGUAAUUUUUAGGUCCAGUGAGAAAAAUCCCAUUUUUCUGGAAAAGACUACUGAUCUUUGAGAUUUGAGAAUGCAGCCGGCUCCCGAUUUUAUUUCUCCCUGGUAAAGGGAACAAUAACGGCCUGUGGGGAAAAGCGUGUGUGCGUGUGCGUGUGCGUGCGUGUGUGUGUGUGUGUGUGUGUAUUCUGCUUCGGCCCUCCCAGAUGUCAGUUACUGAAGGUUUAAGGCACAAAUCCCUUGGCCCAUUUUUUUCCUUCAGCAGCCGGCCGCCUUCAAAGAGCCCUGGGGAAGGCCGGUCGACAGCUCCCACAUGGGCAUUCCGCGGGCGUCCGUGUGCAUUUAAUUCAGAUCCAGAGCGCAUUUUAUAGCAACUUGAACAUGCCAUUCUAACGUACUGGAAGAGAUGAGAAAUGGGGCUGUGAGUUCUAUCUGGGUUCUCGGGCUCAGCAUGAGCAAGGUUUGCAGUGCCUUUCAGAGGGGGCCACAUCCGAAAUGAGAGGCCCAGACAUCUGCGGGAUGGAGUCUGCGGGCCGGUUCCCGUCUGGGAAGAGCCGGCUGCCGGGCAGUGAUGGAAGCGUCCAGCAGGGGGCUGGCAUUCUCUGUCUAUAAGUAGCCCCGUUUCCCCCGCAGAGCCCCGGCUCAGCGCCGCUGCUGUUUGCUGGUGAAGUCAGUGACGUGCACAGCAUCCUGCCCAGAGGAUUGGAGGGCUUCUCAGUGCAGUUUUUUUCCUACCCACUUUAAACCUUCAGGUUCGAAAUAUCAGGAAGGAUAGGACAUGCUGUAUGAAAAGAGCCAGCCAAAAGUUCCUAGUAAACUGCAGCCAGAGAGACUCAGCCUCGAAUGGAGGUAGAAGGAGUUGAUACAGAGUGGGUUUAAUUCCGGCUGACUUUUUGUUGUCGUUUGGUUGUGACUUACUGAAUUUAGACAUGUAUUCCAUUGGCCAUGUGAGGACCAGGGCAAGACCAGCAUCCAAAUAACGCCAGACCCUUCCGAAUGCCACAGUGCAUGUGUCCUCAGAGUAUCUGUGUCAAGGAAGAUAAAGAGCCCAGCCUCGAUUUUAGCCUCAUCUUCGCCCAACUACAAAAUCAGAGUUAAGCAACAGCACCUGAGAGCCCUUUUCAGGUGGGAAGGAGCCCAGAGGAUGGCUCUGAAUGAUUGCUUGCUUUUGAACUUGGAAGUGGAGCACUUCUUGUACUGCAACGUCUCCAAUCACAGUGCAGAUCUACCCGUGAACGACGACUGGUUCCACCCAGGGGUCUUCUAUGUCAUCCCGGCCGUCUAUGGGGUCAUCAUCCUGAUAGGCCUCAUCGGCAACGUCACGCUGAUCAAGAUCUUCUGUACGGUGAAGGCCAUGCGGAACGUGCCCAACCUGUUCAUCUCCAGUCUGGCCUUGGGAGACCUGCUCCUCCUGGUAACGUGCGCUCCCGUGGACGCCAGCCGGUACCUGGCCGACAGGUGGCUGUUCGGCAGGAUCGGCUGCAAACUGAUCCCGUUCAUACAGCUCACCUCGGUGGGGGUGUCUGUCUUCACGCUCACGGCUCUCUCGGCGGACAGGUACAAAGCCAUUGUCCGACCAAUGGAUAUCCAGGCCUCUCACGCUCUGAUGAAGAUCUGCCUCAAAGCCGCAUUGAUCUGGAUUAUCUCCAUGCUUCUGGCCAUCCCGGAGGCUGUGUUUUCUGAUCUACAUCCCUUCCAUGAGGAAAGCACCAACCAGACCUUCAUUAGCUGUGCCCCAUACCCACACUCUAAUGAGCUGCACCCCAAAAUUCACUCCAUGGCUUCCUUCCUGGUCUUCUACAUCAUUCCACUGUCGAUUAUCUCUGUCUACUACUACUUCAUUGCUAGAAAUCUGAUCCAGAGUGCUUACAAUCUGCCUGUGGAAGGGAAUAUACAUGUCAAGAAGCAGAUUGAAUCCCGGAAGCGCCUCGCCAAAACAGUGCUGGUGUUCGUGGGCCUCUUUGCCUUCUGCUGGCUCCCCAACCACAUCAUCUACCUGUACCGCUCCUACCACUACUCCGAGGUGGACACCUCCAUGCUCCACUUCAUCACCAGCAUCUGCGCCCGCCUCCUGGCCUUCACCAACUCCUGUGUGAACCCUUUCGCCCUCUACCUGCUGAGCAAGAGUUUCAGGAAACAAUUCAACACCCAGCUCCUCUGCUGCCGGCCUGGGCUGAUGACCCGCUCUCACAGCACUGGCAGAAGUACCACGUGCAUGACCUCCUUUAAGAGCACCAAUCCCUCUGUGGCCACCUUCAGCCUCAUCAACGGAAACAUCUGUCAUGAAGGGUACGUCUAGGCUGAUCCUUGACCCUGGCACCCGGGGGCCCCGCUUUUGCUUUAUGGCUAGUAAAGAACCCCUCACAUCUGUUGUCUCUGUACCCUGCAAAGAGCCUUCAAAAGGCUAUGAAUUUGUAGGCAAGUUGCAGAGAAGCCCAAAUGGAUUGCUGUGGUGUUUGAAAGGCCCAUCAAGGCUUAUAUUUUCCAUUUCAACUUCUGAAUGUUCUUCUGAUGUUGAGCCAACUGUCCCUUUUUAGAAAAGGGAAUAAGAAAUUAUCUUUUUUUAAAAAAGAUUUUAUUUAUUUAUUUGACAGACAGAGAUCACAAGUAGGCAGAGAGGCAGGCAGAGAGAGAGAGAGGAGGAAGCAGGCUCCCCGCUGAGCAAAGAGCCCGAUGUGGGGCUCGAUCCCAGGACCCCGAGAUCAUGACCUGAGGCAAAGGCAGAGGCUUUAGCCCACUGAGCCACCCAGGCGCCCGAGAAAUUAUUAUCUUAAGCAACAAGCCCUGAUAUACGAGUAUGGCCAAUUAAGUCAUAGAAACUAUAUGAACCGCCAGAUUUAUAUAGCAGAACAAUUAUAUAUUAAAUGUUCACUUUUAAAAGUGAAGUGAAAGACUUCACCUUAUCGUUUCUUGAAGCAGAAACUAGUGCUUUAAAAAUAUGAUUUGAGUAAUUUUUCAGGAAUAUUUAUAAUCACAAACCAAGGAGCUGUUUUUUACACACCUAACAUGAAAGCCAGCCCUGUGAAAAAGUCCCGUGUAGGAGGGACCAUUCCCAAACUGGUAACACUGGAAGCCAGUUUAAAACAAAUCCCUGAGUGUUGACUGUUUUUAAAAGAUGUUACUGGGGACAUCGGAGAAACACUCAACACAUCAUUUUAAGGCAAAAACACAGCCAAACACGUAGACACAUAUACCAAGAUCCGCACGAGGCUAUGGAUUGAUAUCUCAGACUCUGAAUUCUAACUCAGAGCCAUGGUAUAGUUAGCUCUACCAUAAAAGAGAAGUCCUUGUAGGGAAGAAUUUGAUCAUGCUUUCAAUUCAUCAUUUACAAGUACAUGAAGUAUAAUAUUCACUUUUGGUAUACAGGUUUUCAGCCAAAUGUAUUGACUUAGAUUUGGCUGUCCUUGUCCGCUACACUGAAGCAGUAAUUUCUUAUGUAAGAAAAAAAGGGGGGGGGGGAUCACAUCUCAGUGGAAACAGAAACAUGUUUACAUUUAACAUAGGCUUACCUAAAAUCUGUGGGAGGAAAUGAAUAAAAGGUAUGUAAUGUAUAUUUCUGUUUGAAUAUGUCUAAGUAAUUGACAGAGGGCUUAGCUUUCAGAAAGAGUUAUAAAACACUACAGAUACAUUAAGUUUCUAGUUAAGAGGAGCAUUUAUGAAAAGGUCAUGUGCAGAAAAAUACUGGACUGAAAUCUUAUUAUUUUUCUGAGCAAAGAGAUUUGACGAUCUUACUUUGGAAACCCUGAACCAAGUUUUUCUUGACUCCAGGAAAGGGCUGAUUCUGACAGGUGGCAAACAUGUUAACCCACAUUCUGCAAAAUGUGCCCCAAGGUGUAUCCCUCACAUCCAAAGAUGACUUUCGUUCUGGUUUUCUCUGUCCAAGUGAGAAGGAACUGUCAGUUGGAGUGAGACCUCUUCACUUCUGUACCCACCUGCUUUCCUGGUUAUGGAUAACAACACUGGACAGUUUGAAAAGAACCAAGAUUCUUAGCUGGGCAUCCCAACUCUGUCUCUAGCUAUGAGUUUACCUAUCAGUUUCCCUUGUCUCGACUCGUGUUUUCAUCUCUAGCAGGAGAGGUCAGUAUUAAGGCCCCUCUGUUGCCAACAUCCUUGGGUCUUGUUGUUGGUUCUAGUUCUGUCUCUAAAGCCUUUAUACAGCCCUCCCGCUCACAGCUGCCCCGCUUCUGUUACCUUUGCAACAACGCCUCUUGGGAAAUCCUUCAGCCCGCAUGCACAGACCUGUUUCCGUUAGUGGAACGGAAGGAGACCGACUAUUCCAUCCUUUCCAGGGGCUCACUGGAACCACUUGUGUGAAAACCCUCCCAUUAGCUUAUUACAUUUGGGGAUUAAAGCUGAAAGACACAUAAGACAGCAUAUUGGCCGGUCUCCUCCCUGCCCAGAGGGUAGUCUUCCUGCCCACCCCCAACCUCCGUUCCCCCAUCAUCGUGAACAAGCGCUCCACGAUUUUACCCUUGGAUUUCUUCAAAACUGUAUGUAUGAAGCCACUUCGUACCUACCUAGUUAGGGGCUGCAGUGUCUAGCAUUCUGGGUGCAUAGUGUGACUUGGUCAAGCGUCUCUGAUCGACCUGCUUUCAAAGACAUUUUGGAAGUAGGACUCGUCUUAAUGUCUCCUUCAGGGAACACCACGGCAUCGAUCGCACCGCUCUCCUCCCUAGCUUCUGCACCGACAGCAAGGAGACUGAAGUCUCCGUCAAGUUCUGUGUCCCGGGGCCAAUCUCACCACCUCUCUGGGACCUGAAAUGAAAGGGUCGGAGAAGGCCUCUGCCCGCCGGUGAGCCAGGACUGCUAAAACGUCUGUGAAUCCACUGAUGGAUAGACCCAAACCUUUUUAUUGCGAGGGACUGAGCCGGGCCCUUCUCUGGGGACAGCAACUUCUUAUUCCACCUCAAGAACCUGAAAUGAUGGUGAGAGACACCCCGGCCCCCAAGUGAUAUCACCUCCCUGUUAGGGCAGAGCAUGGGCCGGGGCUGGAGCUAAGACAUUUCACGCCUGGCUUCCAAAGAUAAUCAGGUUUAGCGCUUAUGUCUUUGGCGAGGGAAAAAAAAAAAAAAAAAAUCAAUUUUUGCUGUGGAAAACCAUCUGUGUUUAUUCAAUUGACAGACACUACCUUUCAAUCUAUCUUAAAUUGAGCCUCCCUGAGGCAGGCAGCUCAACAGUGAUAGAUUAAGCAAUAAACAAGGCAGCCUUCCCACCAACGGCCGCUGCCCGCAGGGAACGCGCGGCGGCUGUUAGGAGCGAUAUUCCACAGCGAGAUGGUGCGUCCCGCUUGCUGCAGAUGAGGCCCCGCCCCGCUGGCGAUCUGAUGAGUCCCCGUAAAUGUGGACGGCUAAACCCUCUUCCUCUGGCUGCCCUCAACUCCCCGCACUGCACCUGGCUUUCUGCCUCAUUUACGAGCCCUGGGUUUCCCUCUUGGCCACCCAAACAAUUUGGUUUCAUCCUGAAGGAAGAGUCAGUUUAGAGGCUGCUUCGGAUGACCCAAACUCAGCUUGUUACGAAAACGCACGCUGAACAGAAAUAAAUGAACUUGGCCAUGGGACACGGGCACACUGAAGUUAUACUUUUCAUUUACACGCAAAGUAGAGGUGGUGAGUGGUUUCAGAGUCUAUCCUGUACCCGAUGUCUUCUAGAAAUAGAGUGUAGCUUUGUUUGGGGACUACACGUUGAAUGACAUCUUCAAUCUGUGGACUAAAAGGUGGCUAAGUCACUUUCCUAAAAGCCAGAUAGAAAGGAUCACCCCGGGACCGGGACCGUAUGAGAGCUGAAUGAGCUGAGCGGUACUCACUUCUGUGGUGGUGAGUCUGGGUGUGUGUGUGGGGGGGGGGGGGGGGGGGGGUUGGCGGUGGCAGACUUUCUUGCCAUUUCUGCCCUUCACAUCCAGGACCCAGAGGAGCUGUUGUUAGACAGCGGCUCUGAAGUAACCCUGAGUUGCUGGGAGGACUGGAGCACAUUUUGCACGUUGUCUCAAGUUCAGCUGAAUCUUCAUAAAAUGGAUUAACAGCUGAAAACAAAGAAAUCAGUCACUCUCCUGGGGCCAGGUUUUGUGUCCGCUGUUCAAAGAAACCAAGCCCUAACAAGCUCAAGUUUAUUCUGCCUGUGACGGUCAUUCCUCUUGGCUCCCACCCUGACAGAGCCCCCAGCCCCCAACCCCCAACACAAACACAAUAACUUUUAAUAUCAAACCACCUCUCACCAUAACUUUGUUCUUCAAAGACACCCUUUUGUUGGGUAGGGGCCGAGCGUGAAUGCCAGCGGAAUAGACCCAGCACAGUCAACAAACCGCGCACAGGAACAGACCUUUCUGAAACCACAUUAGAAGUGUACUCAGUGGAAUUUAUCUGGUUUUUUAGAAGUUUAAGAGCCCCUGGUUAAAAUAUUGCAAGUCCACGAUUGUUAAUCCAAGCCUUCCCUGCUCACCAAAGAGUUGCUUAACAUCCUUCACUAUGGAAAUCUGUAAAUGGCAUUUACUAGUGACCAUGUAGAUUAGAUGAAAGACCCAGGGACGAUGAGGCUACAGAUGUUGAAGCAUAUUCCACCUACAAAAGGGUGAUUUCACAUGGUCCGCCAUCAUGUGAUUGCAUCUGUGUUCACGGCCAUUCUGUGAUACCGAAGACCAGCGCCGAUGACACUGAAACGGAAGUCUAAGAGACCAAGGGCGGGAGCCUGGGGAGUAAAAACACAAGCCACAGCACACAUCGGAUCUGUGUGGCACCUCAGUGGAGCUCUGUGGCUCGAGAAGUGCUGGAAAGGAGGGGGCUCGACUUCACCAGGCCCCAGUGAUGUGCCCAAUGCGGUGCUGAGCCCAUUCCCAUUCUCGCUCCCGAGUACCCUGGAGAGGGUUCAGAUGACGAAGCUGAGGCUCAGGGAGAUCCCGUCACCCUCCCGAGGUCACAGGGCACAGCGGAAUGGCAGAGUAUUAACGGGGCCCUGGAUCUCUCUUAAGACCCUGUCCGUUCCACUGCUCAGCACCGCUUCCCAAAUCCAGCCCAUGCGAGAAAUUAAGCUCACAGUAACUCACAGCCCCAUUCCCUACUCUAGCUUUGUCCAGAGGCACGAGCUACCCAGGAGGCUGAUUCAGGGAUACACACAAAGGCAUGGAAGGUGCUUCUGAGCAUGGAAGUGAAGGAUUCGCUGCAGGCAGAGGCUGAAACGUAGCCCAGAGCAGGUGGGCGAGAAGUCUGUCCGUUCGUUCGGUUUGCCCCCGAGACACAAUGCAGUUGCAACUGGAAGCCCUGGGAAGAAUUUCCCACUUGGUUUGGUGACUAACCAAGGAGAAAAAAAACCUUGGCAAACAGCCGUAUACACAGACCCAAGGGAGAACAGUCAAUCCAGACAUCCUUCUUUGAAUUCGGAUUCUUUGGAGAACAGGUAUCAGGAGGGGUAGAACCCCUUCCCCAUUCCCACCGUCCCCUCCCAAACGGUAAGAUAUGACAGCAGAUGGUCUUCUGGAAGCCUGGAGACCCAGGCUAUAAGAAUAGCCUUUAACAGAAAGAUAGCUCCUACACUAAGUUAGGAGCUCAGGUAUGCACUUAGGCAUCUGAGUGCCUAGCCCUAGGUGCCCUGUUAAAAACAUAGAUACCAUCGUCUCUCUGCCCGUUCUGAGCUCACAUUCUAGAAGAUAAGAUUAUUUCCUUUUUUCCUCCAAAUUUAAAAUUCAUUCCCAGAGCCAUAUAAUGACAUGGCAGGACUCGCAUAAUUUUAUGGUCUUUUAAAAGGAUCAUUUUAAUGGACAGUAAAACUUCACACAUUCAACACCUCAUUAAUUCCCAGAUGAGCUUGAAAUUUUGGUAUACUUCGGGAUUUCAGUGUUCAAGGUACAUUAUAUAAUUUAGGACUGUUGUGAAUCCGUAUUUUUUCAUCACUUUGCUAAAGUUUUAGCCAGUGCUAUUGAUAUAUCGAUACUGAUAAUGUAUAACAUUAUGAAAGUAAAAGUGAUAAAAAAAAAAAAAUCCCCCCUCACGCCCAUAACCUGGGGUUAACAGAUUCAAACACAACCUUUCUUGCAUCCGAGUCAGCAGAAUUUUGGGUAAUAAAAUUUGUUGAAAAGGCCUGAGUUGUAAAAAUAUAUGGCACAAACUUCUUUAUGUCAUUUUCUGUUUUGUUUUAAAUAUUAGGCUCAUAUUUUGUAAAUUAUAAUUGUACUUGUUACUAUUAACUGUAAAUAUUUAUUGCAUCAAAAAUGUGCUCUGUGUUAAAUAAGUCAGAACAAGUUCCAGGUGUGGUACUUUGUAUAAAUAAUGUCAUGGCUUGGCUUUGCCUAGACUCCUUAGACUAAUGAAUUAUUUAUAAGAAAUUCACAAUAUUAAUAUGAAUGAUUCAGGUUCUUUUAAAUGUGCAAACUUAACUGUGUGACCAUGUGAAAUUCUCUGAAGUGUGCUCAAUGACUGUACUCUAGUUUUUCUGAGACAUGUUUCCAGUGCUUCUAUUACAUUGUAUGUGAUCUGUGUGACAUUAAGUCAAAUCAGUGUAGCUGAAUAUUUAAGUCAUAAAAGAUAAGAAAUGUGUUUUAUUUCUUAAUAUAAUAAAGCAUAAUUUAUUAAUUGGACAGAUGCAUGUAUUCAGUGUUCAAUAAAAAUAAAGCUCUUGCAUGGA